UUCUCAGCCCCACUCCAGCCCAGACACCCACCAUGACCGGCUCCUGCUGUGGAUCCUUCUCCUCCCAGAGCUGUGGAGGCUGCUGCCAGCCCUGCUGCUGCAGAGACCCCUGCUGCUGCCGCCCAGUGUCCUGCCAGACCACAGUGUGCCGCCCUGUGACCUGCGUGCCCCACUGCACCAGGCCCAUCUGUGAGCCCUGCCGCCGCCCCAUCUGCUGUGACCCCUGCAGCCUGCAGCAGGGCUGCUGCCGCCCCAUCACCUGCUGCCCCACCUCUUGCACAGCUGUGGUCUGCAGACCCUGCUGCUGGGCCUCCACCUGCUGCCAGCCCAUCUCUGUGCAGGCUCCCUGCUGCAGGCCUCCCUGCUGCCAGCCUGCCCCCUGCCGCACCACCUGCAGGACCUCCCCCUGCAACACCUGCUGCUGAGCUCCUGGCAUCCCCACUAAGGAUGUGCCAUCACCUACACACCUAUUUGGGUUUCUAAUCAAAAUGAAAGAAAAUAUUUUUCCCCAAAGGUGACAACAAUUUAACAUCCUGCAGCCUGGAUACAAUGUGAAAUAAGGACACUGUCAUUCCUGUCCUAUGCUAAAUUGGGAGACAUCUGUCCCAGUAGGCAUCAUCAUGGAUGGUAAAUCACCUUCAGAGGUCCCCAGAAUGGACUCGACUAACCCAUCUUAAGCCCUUAUGUUUCAGGCAGUCCAAAUCCUCAAUAAUGUCUUUACCAUGUGUUGCUCACUAUUUCAAUAAAACGAUUUUUCUUGGCAUAGCAAAUGCCACACUCCUGAUU